CUUUUGUUUUGGCGCGCGCAGCCAUGUUUGUCAAAACAGCUGUUACGGGAACGACUUUUCUGUGCCCCGCCGUAUUGUUUUUAUCAUUGCGAGACAAAAAAUGUCUCCAAUAUUCGUAAUUCAAGUGUAAACAUGAAUAAAUAUAUCUUAAAGUAACGUUCGAUCAAUGAAUACGUGAAGAUUUAUAAUGAGUUAAGAGAAUCUUUUCAUUAUUGUUAUCAUGGCUUGUGGUUUGGAUUACGGUGACGUUCCUAUGGAAGACGAGGAAUUCCAGACGAAAUGGAGCAGGUUUUCAGACUGGCUGCAUUGUGUUUGUGUGGUAACUUUCGACUUAGAGCUUGGACAAGCGAUGGAAUGUGUGUAUCCGCCUGGCGUCAAGUUGACCGAUCAAGAGAAAUGUAACAUUUGUUAUUUGGCUUUCCCCGAUUCCAAUUCCGGGUGUAUGGGAGACACACAAUUCCAUGUCAGGCUUCGAUCGCGAGGCGGGCUUACCAAUCAACAAGCUAUGUACAACGAGGAUGCUGUGCCCACACUUUGUGCAGAUUCUACUCACUAUUGGGGUUUUGUAUACUUCCGACAGGUCAAAGACCCUUCAUUACCGCGUGGAUAUUUCCAGAAAAGUAUUAUUCUCCUCACUCGACUACCGUUCAUUAAUUUGUUUUAUAAAGUGAUACAUCUUAUAGCACCUAAGCAUUUUGAAGAUGGGGAGAGUAGUUUAGAAGCUGCAUGUCAUGAUAUUAAUAGAUGGCCAGUAUUGGAUGCAGGACAGAAUGUUCUUUUGCCUCUUUUAGGUUCAGUUUUUCAGUCGUACAUUCCUAAUCAACAGACUGGUAAGAUAACUCGCUCUGAUAUAGCUAAGCAGAUACACUCACCCAAUAUACCUCAUAUCUUAGCAUCCAUACAGGAUGUGAAUGUUUUUGAUGCUUUAUCUUCAUUAAUAUCACACUUGCAUUUAUUAUGGGAGUUAGUGUUGACAGCACAACCUAUAGUAGUGAUCGCCAGCUCACCAACAGAAUGUUCAGCAUUGGUACAAGCUCUUACAAACUUAAUUCAACCGUUACCAUAUGCAGCUGAAUAUAGACCUUAUUUCACAAUACAUGACAGUGAAUUCAAAGAGUUUACAAGAAAACAAUUCAACCCACCGCAAGUGAUACUGGGUGUGACAAAUCCAUUCUUUACAAAAACAUUGCAACACUGGCCACAUACUAUCAAGCUGGGUGAUUCAACUGCAAUAAAAACAAAGUUGCGUAAAGUUGGCAACAUGAAGUUAUUGGACACAGCACCUGGUGUUUAUACUCAGUAUAAAACGUUUUUAGAGAAAGAUAAGACAAUAAUAAAGAAGCUUCAUAAUGGGAUAAGGACAGAUCGACCUUCAGAAGUACAGACAGCAAUGGUUAAAAGACAUUUACUAGAGUUGACACAGAGUUUCAUGAUCCCAUUAGAGAGGUAUAUGGCUUCACUGAUGCCUUUGCAAAAGAAUAUUUCACCUUUUCGAGCACCACCUGUACCAAAUCCUUUUAAUCCUGAGGAUUUUUUUGCCACAUUACAACAGUCUGGACCUCAAUUGACAAGUGGCAUCAAAGGAGACUGGAACGGUUUAUACAGAACAUUUUUCAGGUCUCCGAAUUUCAGUGCUUGGUUUCACCAAAGAUAUAAUGACUUAACAAAUAAGUUGCAUAGUUUGCAAUUAGAGGUGUUAGCUGAGAGUGACUUGAAGAAUUGGUCGAUAGGAAAGAAGGAAGUUGAGAUUGUAGAUAUGGUCCUGAAGUUGCGUGAAGUCUUGAAGAGUAACAGACCAGUUCCAGAUAAUACUAGAACAUUGUUGGCGCGGCGUUUAGAAGAUCUGAACUGUGUGUUGCCCGAUGAUAUGAAGUCUAUACUCAAUGCGGCUUCGUGACACAAGAACAGUUGCUCCUCGUUGAGGAGCUGUGGAGACCAUCAAGUGAAUUACGAAUACAGAUGUAUGACUUGUGUGUGACUAUGUAACAAAUGAGUAACAUUCUUUUGUUUCUGUGCAACUGUCCAUGAAUUUGUUUUGCAAUUUAAGUACAAGAGUAGAUAAUGUCCAAUAAUUGACUGUAGCAUUAGAUCCAAUGUGAAAUUUAUUUUGUUAAGGUUAUUUAACAGCUUUUGUUAAAUAAUUUAAAAUUUCCAUUAUUAUAUAUACAGAAAUGAACAUGUUGAUCAUGAAAAUCAUAUAAUUUUUUGCUGCUCAGUCGGGUCUGGAAGCUUUUCAAAAUUCUUGAGGUAAAAUAUCAGUACCUUAAUAAUGCUGAUAUUUUAAUAGAAACUUAUGAACUAGGAUUGUAUUAUAGAUUUUCUAAAUGUGCAAUAUAUUUUUGAAGUUGGGAUCAUUUAUCAAUUUGGAUGGCCAAGUAAUAGAUUUUAUAAACAUGUAUUAUGAUAAUGGUUUAAUUGUCAAUAUGGAGGUGUGCUUUGCUUCCUAGUAAUUACAGUGAGCUAAUUUUACAUUAAACUAUCCACCAGCUAAUUUAUGCAAUGCUGCUAGAAUAGAAGAAAUGCUGUUAUAACUUACCUAGUUUGAUAUUAUACAAUGUAUGACUGUAAUAUGAAUAUUAUAAAAUAUUUAAGUGGUUAGAAUAAAUUAGUUAAAUUUAAAUGUAAUUAACAAAAUCAAGUUAAUUAUUUUUAUGAAUGGGCUAACAGUUGCUAAUUAGAAUCUCUAAGCGGUGUUUUAUUACCGUAAUAAUUGUUAACAUAACUUUGUAUACCGAAUUCGCCGAAAUUUGGCGAACUGUUCGCGGAUAGUGUGGAGCCGGCAUACAAUUUCCUAUGCAUGUAAUCAUGUGCGCACACACUCAGUACGCAUACAAAUAGACAUAGUUAUUCGAAUGUAGACUUUAUAGCCAAUAACUGAUAUUAAUAAACCUGUUUACAUGAAAACAGAUUGAAAGUGUUACCUACAGUUUAUUUCUGUAAAACUUAAAAAAAACUGUUCAAAACACUUUCGUUACCUCAAAAGUCCCUGCUGUCGUAUGGCGCGGCUAUGAAUACGUAGUAAUGUUAACAAUCUAGGUGUGUCAAUGUAUGUAUUCUAAGGAUUAAAUUAUGUGUUAAAGGGUGAAUUUUUGAGCAUUUCGAUCACCGUCAUUAACCACCAUCCUUCCAAUUUGAACAAAGACAAGAAUCUUUAAACUACCCUUAUUUAUGAAUAAUUCUGUGUUGGGGGUUAGUGUAAGAUUUUAUCAAUAUUUGAUUUUUGAGAUUUUAGAAUGGUUCUCUAUUUUGAAGGACUGUAAUGACGGCAGCGGUCAAAAUGUUCGAAAAUCAAGCCUAUAACGAAGCCUAUAAUUGUUGCUCAUAAUGUCUUAGGUAGUUUAGAUACUAUACCUAGUGCUAUACCAAAUUUGUUUAUGUAUUAUACAAAUGCACACAAACCUAUAAUGUACCUCUUAAAAAUCAAUAUAAGCAUUAUAUCAAGACUUAAAUUACAUAAUUUGUAAUGAAAAGAUGAUAUUUUUAAAUAGGCAUUUCAAUAAUAAAAAUAUGGAUUGUUUCUCUUUUAAAAGUAGGUACCUAAACAAAUAGGGUUCAGUACCUUUAAUAUUUCUAUGUUUGUUAGGUUCACAGUUAUAUAUUAGUACAUUAUAUAACCAUAAACUCCAUCCAAUUUUAUCUAAAUAAAUAACAUUGUUUUAUCUAAUGAUGUAUGACAUCAACAUACUACAAGUUAAUGAUACACUAUUAUCUAUCUAGUGCUAUUAGUAAUGUUUGAAUAAAAGCCUAAUUGUGAUGUGACGAAUGCGUGCAUAUAAAAAUUCAAUAAAAAAAAAUGCACGGCACUGGCCGUAGUUGUAUUCGUCAUUUCCAUGCUCAAUAUUUUUUAUUUCCUAAUGUUAAUUAAUUCCGACACAAUGUUUUAUUGUUAAUAAUGGAAUACAUUAAUAGAAUUAUUACAAGAGCAGUUUUUCGCUUUGUCACAUAAUGGGUCCCGGUCGCAUAGUGAAUGUCCCUUCCGUAAAAUGUCCCCUAGUAACAAAUUAGAAUUUCUAGGUUUUGUUAAGUACCCUCAUAAUAUAAGAUGUAAAUAAAUAUAUUAAAGAAAAAGGCCCAAUUUAUGCAUUCUGCGACCAAUAGCCAAUUUGUUACCAGGUUGCAAAAGGGACAUUUUGCGACGAAGCGUAAUUUGCAUCCAUCGUUAAUUUGGUUUUCAUUAGAAAUAUUUUUUUUAAAUUAACAUUUGGUUUCCACACUAAGCAGAUAUUGGUGCCAAAUUUUAGACCUCUAUUGAGUAUCAAAUCCACUAAUGAUAAGUGAUAAUCAAGUCUUAAUGUUUUUUCAACAAUAAUGCAUCAGUUACCUCAGUUUGGAAAAUCUCUAAUCCAAAAAUCAGAAGCAUUGUGACAUGAUUUUUACAUAACGUUAGCAGAAAUAAUGAAUAGCAAAGUAUAGUUUUUAGGUUUAAGCAUCAGCUAAACUAUAUUUUCGGAGCUCAAGAUUUUUUGUGUAUAAUUGCUAUUCUUCCAUAUUACGGCUAAGCUAUAAGACAUAUCCCAAUAUUGUAUGUCCUAUUGUUAACCCUUGUUAAUUAAUUUUUUGUACAUGUACCAACAUACAAAUUUAUUUUUUGGACUUGCCAAGGUGCUUCUACAUAUGGUUUAUCAUGCUCAUGUUUUUAUUACUUACGUUGUUUAAACUUGUUAAAGUUGUUACUAUCUGUAGUCCAAAUGGCGAGAUGCCGACCACCGUGCGAAGUGGAGACUAAAAAGUAGGAAAGCGGACUUUGGUCUACGACUUUGGCUCAACGGCCGAGGAUAUAACCAAGAAAGUGUUCAGAUGUGAGGGAUAGGCAAUAUAAUUUAGUGCCUUUAUUCUUUUUUUCUAUAACGAAAUAUUUGUUAGCAAGGGUGUUACAAUCAGAUUGUAAAUAUAAUGAUCAUUGUACAAAAACAUCACUAGUAUUUAGUUAUAAUCAAUGGAAAUAAAACAUUAUAAUUUUUCAAAUAAAA